CUCCAGCAUACCUGUGCUCAUCUAAGGGCUCCAGGCAGUGUGAAAUACCUGCAUAUCCCCGCCCUGCGCAGAGUGUGAAAGGUGCAUUUAGAAGCCAACAUCAGCCACAGAGACAUCUAUCUCACCCAAUAUACCAGGUACAGUGUGAUGUCUCUUUACAGUUUUGGGACAGAUCCCAUAUCGUGUCAUGCCUGGAACAAAGAUAGAUCUCAAAUUGCCAUCAGCCCUAAUAAUCACAAUGUGCAAAUAUACCAGAAAGUAGACGAAGGGUGGAGUAAGAUCCAUGAGUUGACAGAACACAAUGGGCGCAUCACAGGUAUUGACUGGGCCCCUAACUCUAACCGUAUUGUGACAUGUGCUGUGGACAGAAAUGCCUAUGUGUGGACCCUCCGAGAUGGUGUGUGGAAGCCUACCCUGGUCUUACUGCGCAUUAACCGAGCUGCGACUUGUGUCAAGUGGUCACCCCAGGAGAACAAGAUUGCAGUGGGCAGUGGAUCACAGACUAUUUCCAUCUGUUACUUUGAAAUGGAUAAUGACUGGUGGAUCAGCAAACAUAUUAAGAAAUCUAUUCGUUCCACAAUUCUGAGCUUGGCCUGGCAUCCAAACAAUGUCCUGCUGGCAGCCGGUGGCUGUGACUUUCAGUGCAGAAUCUUUUCAGCAUAUGUGAAGGAAAUUGAAGAUAAACCGAGUCCAACUCUGUGGGGUACAAAGAUGCCAUUUGGAGAGCUCCUGUACAUGAGGGGGGAGAAUGGAGGAUGGGUGCACAGUGUCUGCUUCUCUCCUAGUGGUCAAUACCUCGCCUGGGUCGAUCACAACAGCUGUGUCAAUCUAGCAGAUUCAACACACGACAAAAUAGCCACCGAGUUGAAGACUGACAAUCUCCCCUUCCUGAGUGUUCUAUUUGUGAAUGAGUCCCGGCUUGUCGCGGCUGGAUAUGACUACACCCCCUAUCUAUUCUCAUACUCUGGACCCGGGAACAUGGAGUUCAUCUGUAGAAAUGACGCCCAGAGACAGAGCUCCAGGUCCACUACGUCAGCUAUGCAGCAUUUCCGCAAUCUGGAUAAAAAGGCUGCACAGGAGAAUAACAACGAAGAGGUGGACACCCUACAUCAGAACAGCAUCAGCCAGUUAUCAGUCGUUGAUGGAGAUCUGACCAAUGUGAACACUUUUAGCAGCAGUGGGAUGGAUGGAGCCCUGGUUAUUUGGACCACUAAGGUCCUAUAAAGAACUGAGCAGACAGCAAUCACCACCCUCUCUUGGGGUCAGCGGAUAUGUGACAAUUAGAAACCUGAGACAUGGCUGGUCACUGUGAAGUGGGUGCAGAAUGUCACUGAGGAUUCUUGGCAGUGCCGAACUUCCGGAUGCUUCACAUACAGACAAAUCAGAGGACAGUGAGCUGUGAUCUCCAAAAUGGGUCUCAAUCUGUGCAGAGCCUAACUCAUGUGGAUUAAAAUAUAACUCCUGUUGUGUAAUCGUAUGCAGACAUUUUACAGAACUAUAGCCUUGUUUACUUAUAUGCAUUAUCUCUUCAUUUUACUAUUCCUUUCAGUCAAUAAAUAGUAUUUCUAAGUACAAUGUAAGCUCUCACGAGCAGGGCCCUCAACCAUCAUGUGCUUAUCCUUCUCUUACUUAAACCAUUCCGGACGGCACCUAAUCCUGCGGGUUUAGGACACCCUGAUACUUAUGUCAGUGUUUAUUUACCCUGUUCUUGUCCUAUAUUGUUUUUAACUGUAAGUCACUAUUGUCCUGUUUUGAUUUUUAAGUUAUGUAUUCUGUAAGGUAUCCGUUCAGAUGGUCGACCAUGUUAUGGUCGACAGUCAUUAGGUCGACCACUAUUGGUCGACAUUGACAUGGUCGACAUGGACACAUGGUCGACACAUGAAAGGUCGACACGUGAAAAGGUCGACAUGAGUUUUUUUACUUUUUUUUCUUUUGGGGAACUUUUCCAUACUUUACGAUCCACGUGGACUACGAUUGGAACGGUAAUCUGUGCCGAGCGAAGCGAAGGCACCAUGCCCGAAGCAUGGCGAGCGAAGCGAGCCAUGCGAGGGGACGCUGUGCACUAAUUGGGGUUCCCAGUCACUUUACGCAAAAAACAACACCAAAAAAAGUUUAAAAACUCAUGUCGACCAUUUUCAUGUGUCGACCACGUGUCCAUGUCGACCAUGUCAAUGUCGACCAAUAGUGGUCGACCUAAUGACUGUCGACCAUAACAUGGUCGACCAUUCAUACCGGAACCAUUCUGUAAUUGGGCACUGCGGAUUCCAUGUGGUGCAAUAUAAAUAACCGUUAAUAAUAAUAUUAAUAAUAAUAAUAAUAAUAAUAAUACUGUAACAUGAUCACAACAGACACCUGGACAUCUUACACAAAUAAAAUACAGGAACCCCUGAUUCAUCUCUCA